AUGAGGUCCUCAUCUGGAGAGACCAUAGGCUCAAGCUUCGACAUUCUUCGGGAAGCUGCAAACGGUGACACUUCUUGGCACUCGGGUGAAUCCAUUAGCACUACCCCGGUAGAGAAAUAUAGGGGCAAUGGCUACCAAGCUCAGGAUGAAAAUACUUUGCCUAUUUCAGGAGCUAGUGGGGCUAGGAGAGACCAAGAACUAUCUUCCAAAAAUACAUCUCCGGGAUCCUGGGAACUCUCAGGUACGCUAUUCCUAGUUUUUAAUGACUAUAGCUAAAAUCUUCUCUAUUUCCCUUUGCCCAAGACGGCUGGAAAGACGGCAGUCCAUUUGGGCCUGGAGGUACGACACGCUCCCUGGGAUCCAAAUCUCUGCUUGAGAAUUGAGUUAACUUCUUGCAGUCAGCAAGAACAGCCUGGAUUUUUCCUUGAAUCCGUUUGAAACACUUCCUAAUUCACCUACACCCAGUAGGCAGAGAAGCAGUUCCUAUAGAAGCUUUGGAUCUCCCAGUUCAGGUGAUCUUUCACCUAUCUAUGAGGGCAGGAAGAAGAAUCUGUUCAUCAGCGCCCCCAAGCAAACACCCGAACGUGUAAUUGCCCGUUCUACAUCGCAUCCCGAUGAACUCCACCAGGUUCCGAGAGAUAUCCCUAAAAGAAAAUCCAUUUCAGACAGCCCAGAGAGUCCUGGCGGCGAUGUCUUUCACUUUUCGCCGCAAGGGGACUCGUAUAACCCCCUGAUUACAUGUAAGACACACAUGUGAACCGUUUUCUAUCACUCGUUGCUUUCGCCUUAUGUCUCUGACUUGCCUACCCCAUAGGCAACCUCAUCCAUAUCAAGGGCUCACCUCUCAAUGAGUCGGCCUCAAUGCAACAGAAAAAACAGCCCGAUACCAUACUUUAUAAGGAUUCCGAGAUACCCGCAAGUGCUAGGGAUGGAUUUGAAGGUUAGCAGUCUAUUCCCAACCUCUUCAAGUUUUUUUUGUACUAUUUGGGGACUAACAUAUGACUUCUUAAAGGUUAUGGAUCCCCUAACUUCAGCGCCCUUGAGGUUCCCCCCUUUUCGCCCCCCACACCGCUAACCGGCUUGAGAGGAUUCGUGACUAAUAACCAUCGGCAGGGUUGGAAGCCGAGAUAUAGUCAAGACUACUCGGCCCCGGAAUCUGACAGCGGCUGUGGACAAGAUCUCGUUUGGGGCGCUGUCCCGGGCGGACGUCGUUCAAUUUUUGGACCAGGUCCUAGGCUUCCUGAUUCUUCAACACUGCCAGAGAGAUAUUAUGGGGAGACCGUGAAAGAUCCGAACACUUCGACGGGAAACGCGCUAGCUAAACUAUAUGCAUCUAUGGAACUUCCUAAUUAGUAUGGCUAAUAACUCGUCUCCUAAAUUCGACAGCUGGACUAAUAUCCUCACAGUUCCUCUCAAGAGCAAGGGAAAUCUGCAGUUUAUCCAACCUCCAAGCAGGAUUUGGGUCUACGUCCCUCCCUGAGUGGGGGGAACACUGCUGUAUCGAAUGGGAUUUCUCUCAAAGCCUCUCAUCACCUCCAACUCAAAGAACCGGAUCAUCCCGGGCCUCAAGCCUCGCCACAUGCCCUCUCGCUGGGGAAAGGCAAAUAUUGUCCCUCGCCUGAUGCUAAUAGAUUCAAUAGUUUGAGCAAUAAUAAAAUCGUCGUUGGGGAGUUCGUGCCGAAUUUCGUUGACAAAACCGAGAAGCAUGCGAAACUGAGAAGGGAGACAGAGAGGAUGGUAAACGAACCGGACAAUCCGAGAAUCAGGGGGAGUCCGUUCGUUGCAGGCCCCAGCAUGGGAGCGAAAAAUCCAACUCUAGUUGCCUCAUUGUCUUCAGCUCCCUCUGAUGCCUUGCAGGAGGCGUUUGAUUUUUUGUCUACUCAGGUUAAACCCCUUCUUCAGGAGAAAUCAGGCGGAAGGAAUAUAUGGAGCAAGCAUUUUCCUAUCACCAAUGACGGGUCUAUCCAAUACAUGCCUAAGGAUACUAAGACUUAUGCAUUCGAAGAUUGCUCCAAUCUCCAGAAGUUGACUAGGUGCACCGCUGUUUUCCUUGAUACCCUCACGGGCACUUCUCAAAGUGGAUUUUGGGCAGAUCCAGGCCUUUUCAUAACUUCACUCCGUUUCCGUGAGGGAUCAGCCAAUGGUCACGUGAUGGAUUACAACCCUAAUUUGGCUUUUGAAAAUCCGAGAUACUUCGUUUCUCCCAGCAACACUGGAAUGCUGGAAGACCGUGUGCCUGUCAUUUUGAAAGCAUGGGAUACUCCAUCCAACCUCGCAAUCUUCCGGCCCAUCCGUGUUGGCAGUUAUGAACACAUCGGGAUAGAGAACCUUGUUGAAGAUCAUGAGUUCUUGCAUGCCCAUAGCAAUCAAAUACACUUGAAUCAUAACAUAGCCGCAGUUGGCUAUAUACGUGCACGCCCCAAGCCACAAGAGGGGACAGAGUCUGAUGGUCUGAGAUGUAGGACUAGCUACCCGGUAUUUAAUGUAUGAAUACAACUCUUUUUAGGACCCUUUCAUAUGCUAAUACUGGAGUAGAGCGAUAAGGACACACGUAUUCGAACGGUGUGCUCUAUCAAUCAGGUCCGUAGAUUCAUCGAGGGAAGUGAGAACACGGAGGGCGUUCUCAAGGCGGACUGCCUCUUUCCGCUGAAUUUUUAUGGUAGCCCUUGUGUCAUCAAGCAAUCCGGUUCUGUGAUUGGAGUGGGUAGGGACACACAAUCUCUAUUGUCUAUUUAUAGAAAGGCUAACAUAGAACAGUUAAUGGGCCGCACAGUGUCAGUAACACUAGAGACAUUGGACUUUUUCCUCAAGGGUUCAGGAAAUGGUUGAGAUGGUUUGCUUUGUAGAGCAGGCUUUGUUCCUGUGGAAUUAUCGUGAAUCGUUUGGUCUUUUGUCUCUCCCCUUUCUGUUUGCACGUGAUAGGUAGCUUGGAUUGUGACGAUUGCAAGACCUUUUACAAAAUCCCUUGCCCUUUUUUUUGUCUUUGAAUGGCGUAUCACUGCUUGGGUAGUCGUUCUCCCUCUUUUGCUGUCGGUAUAAGCUGUGGUUGGGGAUGUUCUUUUAUGAUUGACCCUAGAUUAUAAAUUUCGGGGAGCAUUUUUACAAAGCUCUGGGAAUGAAUCGAUUUGGGGACAUGAACCAUCACUCGAGCAGAAAAUUUGCACCUUAGAAGGUUGCCACCCACUCGAGAGUAAAUCUACACGGGGCUACCAUAAGUCGGAAAUACUGCAGCACUUCUAUGUGAUAGACUUAUC